AUGAACGGCAACUCGUUCCGGAACACGAUGCACUCGCUCAACUACGGCAACGUCAUGGAGGCGGCGGCGAGAAACUACAUGAAGGAGGUCAAGGCUGACGAAGCCGCCGGUGCGAACGUCGGGCCGGUGCAGUACGACCUCGAAGACUUAGAGGACGACCCGGAGCUGCACGCGCUCCACAAGGAACGCAUACAGCAGAUGAAGGAAGAGCAAGAGAAGCGGAAGGUUAUGGAGAGCAAAGGGCACGGGACGUACGCGGACGUGAACGAGGGAGAAUUUCUUCCCGAGGUUACGGGCGCGUUUCAGGCGCGUUCACGUUCGCAACCGGUGUGCGUGCACUUUUACCACCAAGAGUUCGAGCGGUGCCGGAUCGUGGACAAGCACAUGCAGAUAUUAGCGCGGAAGUACUUCGACACCAAGUUUAUAAAGUGCCACGCCCCGGAUUUGCCCUUCUUCGUGACGAAGCUGAACGUGCAGGUGUUGCCGUGCAUCAUCUUUUUUCGAAACGGCGUCGCGUACGACCGAAUCGUCGGAUUCGAAGAGUUGGGCGCGAAGGACGACUUCGCGACGUCCAAGCUGGAAAACAUGCUUCUCGCGGCGGGGGUGAUUCAAACGCCGGAGAAGGGCGAGGACGACAGCGAGGACGAGGCGGACGUCAUCGCGAAGGAACGCGCGAAUAGGAUCACGUACGGGUUCACGAAGUACAGCGACGACGAGGAUUCGGACUUUGACUGA